AAAUAUAAUCUGGGAAUCGAGUUUAUAGUGGGAAAACGAAAGUGAAAAUGGUACACGGUCAGUCUAACUCGAAGAGUUUUGCCGCUACCCCACGAUGGCGGAGGAAGGAACGAUGUGCCCCUUUCCUUUGCUGGUGCAGGGAGCCUGGGGGAGCCCCGAUCUCCCCAAAAUUGUGAGAAACAAAAUUCUCCGCUACUUCCAAAGCCGGAAAAAGUCGGGAGGUGGAGAAUGCGAAAUCCAGAAGCAAGGGGGGCAGAUCUUGGUUUGCUUUGCCCAGGAGGAAGUGAGGCAAAGAGUUCUCUCCCAGAAGAUCCAUGAGCUUGACUUGGCAGGAAAAGGAACACUAAAGCUGGAGGUCUCCCUGUAUGAAACAACAGACCCAGCUAACGAUAAUGCACCUAAGAAGGAAAUAAUUUCUAAAAAGGCUCUGGGAGAAGAAGGCCAAGCAAGUGAGAUGGAAGUGAAACAAGACUGCCAAACAAAGAAUGUUACCCUAACAAAUGGGUCAGCUGUGGAAGCUCCACAUUCUGAGAAGGAUAUUCUUGACCAUCCUCAAACAUUUUCACAAGUAGUUCUUGAAAAUGUUGAAGAAAAUAUUCACCUGGACACAUUAACGCUAUUGGUAGAUAACAUCAGUGCUCUUUCAGGAGAUAGUACCUUCCAUAUUGAACAGAUAAAUGAGAAGAAGGCUGCAGUAGUAACCUUUCAGCAAAGCACUGCAGCUGCAAAUUUUCUUAGGCAGUGUUCCACGAACUGCAGAUUCCAGCAGUAUAGACUUACAGCCAGACUUCUUUAAUUAACUCAUGUAAUCAGAGUGGAGAACAUCCCAGCUGCAACAUCCAGUGAAUUCCUAACACUCUAUUUUGAAAGUCCAAAACAUGGAGGAGGACGGGUGUCUGAUAUUCAGAUGUUACCCACCGAAGAUUCAG